AUUUUGGAUAUGCCCAGACGAGAGAUGACCUGGUAUAAACAGCUUGGCUUCACGUUCCACUGAAGAAUAUCUAGAGCUCAGUUGAAGGCAAAGUGUCCAAGUUGCAGCCAAAGGUGCUUGAGAAGACAGUCAGCAGAGGAGAACGAUGAUAAUACAACCAGGCUUUCUGGUGGUACUACUCUGGGUGUGCCUGCUGCACCCCUGCUUAACAGCAAUGGUAUUCAGCAGGACUACGGACCAGCAGCCCAAAAGUUUUGCUGCACGUGGAAUAGGGAAUGAAGGAAAAGCUCUGCACCGCCAGAAGCGAGGCUGGAUGUGGAACCAGUUCUUCUUGCUGGAGGAAUAUACCGGCUCAGAUAACCAAUAUGUAGGCAAGCUUCACUCUGACCAGGACAAAGGAGAUGGGUCCCUCAAGUACAUUUUGUCAGGAGACGGAGCUGGCACUCUUUUUGUUAUUGAUGAGAGAACAGGCGACAUUCAUGCCACACGAAGAAUUGACAGGGAAGAGAAAGCUUACUACACCCUACGUGCCCAGGCUAUUAACAGGAGAACACUCAGGCCGGUGGAGCCUGAAUCAGAGUUUGUCAUCAAAAUCCAUGACAUCAAUGACAAUGAACCAACGUUUCCCGAAGAAGUUUACACCGCAAGUGUUCCUGAAAUGUCAGUUGUUGGUACUUCUGUUGUGCAAGUUACAGCCACCGAUGCGGAUGACCCUUCCUAUGGCAAUAGUGCCAGAAUCAUCUAUAGCAUACUUCAAGGCCAACCAUAUUUCUCCGUGGAGCCAGAAACAGGCAUCAUCAGGACAGCUCUACCAAACAUGAACAGGGAAAACCGAGAGCAGUACCAAGUUGUCAUUCAGGCAAAAGACAUGGGAGGCCAGAUGGGUGGAUUAUCGGGGACCACGACAGUCAACAUCACCCUGACUGAUGUCAACGACAAUCCGCCUCGAUUCCCCCAGAGCUCAGUCCACCUUCGUAUCCCAGAAUCCUCCCCGGUUGGCACUGCCAUUGGAACCAUAAAAGCCUCUGAUGCAGACAUUGGGAGGAAUGCAGAACUUGAAUACCGCAUUACUGAUGGUGAUGGAAGGGAUAUGUUUGACAUUGUUACACAGAAGGAUACACAGGAAGGAGUUAUAACUGUGCGAAAGCCACUGGACUAUGAGAAUCGAAGGCUUUAUACUUUGAAAGUAGAGGCAGAGAAUCUAUAUGUCGACCCACGAUUUUAUUACCUCGGACCUUUCAAAGAUACGACCACUGUGAAAAUAUCAGUGGAAGAUGUGGAUGAGCCCCCCAUUUUCAGCAGAUCCUCUUACCUUUUUGAGAUCCACGAAGAUAUUGAGGUGGGCACAAUCAUAGGCACCGUGAUGGCCCGAGAUCCAGAUUCUGCUGCAGGUCCUAUCAGGUUUUCUUUGGAUCGCCACACUGACCUUGACAGAAUCUUCAACAUACAUUCUGGAAAUGGAUCUAUUUAUACUUCCAAGAUGCUUGACCGAGAAAUAUCACAGUGGCACAAUCUUAGUGUGAUAGCAGCUGAAAUCAAUAACCCCAAAGAGAUGACUCGUGUUUCUGUUUACGUUCGGAUAUUGGAUGUGAACGACAACGCACCACAGUUUGCUGUGUUCUAUGAUACUUUUGUGUGUGAAAAUGCGAGAGCGGGCCAACUAAUACAAACCAUAAGUGCAGUUGACAAAGAUGAUCCCCUCGGAGGACAAAAGUUUUUCUUCAGUUUAGCUGCUGUUAAUCCAAAUUUCACAGUCCAGGACAAUGAAGAUAACACUGCCCGGAUUUUGACGAGAAGGAAUGGCUUUAGCCGGCACGAAAUCAGUACUUACCUUCUGCCAGUGGUGAUAUCCGACAAUGACUACCCCAUCCAAAGCAGCACCGGCACACUGACUAUCCGGGUGUGCGCCUGUGACAGCCGGGGGAACAUGCAGUCUUGCAAUGCCGAAGCUUUGCUCCUUCCAGCAGGUCUUAGCACAGGAGCGCUCAUUGCCAUUCUGCUCUGCAUCAUUAUUCUCCUGGUUAUAGUGGUGCUGUUUGCUGCUCUAAAGAGGCAGCGAAAGAAAGAGCCUCUGAUCUUGUCUAAAGAAGAUAUCAGAGACAACAUUGUGAGUUAUAAUGAUGAAGGUGGUGGAGAAGAAGACACACAGGCUUUUGAUAUUGGCACACUGAGGAAUCCUGCGGCUAUGGAAGAUAAGAAGCUACGCCGAGAUAUCAUCCCGGAAACAUUAUUUAUACCACGGAGGACUCCUUCUGCCCCAGAUAACACGGAUGUCCGGGAUUUCAUUAACCAAAGGUUGAAAGAGCAUGAUAACGACCCCUCUGCGCCACCGUACGAUUCCCUGGCAACUUACGCCUAUGAAGGAAAUGAUUCUAUAGCUGAAUCCUUGAGUUCUUUAGAGUCUGGCACUACUGAGGGAGACCAAAACUAUGAUUACCUCAAGGAAUGGGGGCCUCGGUUUAAUAAGCUUGCUGAGAUGUAUGGUGGAGGCGAAAGCGAUAAAGACACUUCCUAACCGAUCGUAGGAUAUACAGUUUUUGUUCAUUUGAAAGGAAGUAACUUUACAGACACCUUCUCCACGUGACAAUAUUUGAUGUUCAGGAACGUUUUCCUGCCACUCAGCACAAUGGGUUUUUUUCCCCCUUUCCUUUCUUUCUCGUUUCGUUUCGAAUUUGCUCAUUAAUGUCCUUUAUUCUUUCUUGUAGAAUGUCACAUGGAAUAUAUACAACAUUUUAUUUAACCCCUUUCCAAAAGCCAAAGCUAUUGAAAUUCAGUGUGGUCCAAUUUAUGAAAUAAAGGAUACACUACCUUUGUGCAGGUUUAUAAUCUCCCAAGCAACCAUAGAUUUGAGUUGCUUCUGUUAAAUACAUGUUCUACACUUGCAAAUACAGCUUUUUUUAAAGACCCAGACGGUGAUCCGCAGAGAGUCAUGAAUGCACGUUCAACAUGCACUCCCAUGUUUUUCCUUAGAAAUUCAUUUCUUUUUCAGGAACUGCCCACACAAGACCCCUGAAGAGCUUUCCAAAAUCUUGCAUAGAGAGCAUUCUCCCCAGAAUCUACAUGACU